AUGGGUGCUGGAUCCCUCUACGCCUUGAACUGUGAUGUGCCAUGUGAAGCUGAGCGUACCACUGAGUUUUCGAACGGUACCGAUCGUCAGCCUGCUGCGGAAGCUCCCCUCACGUCAGGACAUACAGCCACAGAUAUCCGCACCGCACAGGUCUUCCACGGUUAUCCUACAUUCCCUACGUCUGCCAGUGCAGGAGGCGGAUCUAGAGGGCCAUCGAUACCCCCCUUGAUACGGGAUAGCGGACUAGGAAGCCUGGGGAGACAUGCAGCGGUUGCGACUACAGUCCAUAAGGCUGAAGCAGUCGAAGACGACGAUGACGAAUGCAACCCAAGCCAUGAAGCACUCUUCGGAGCUUUGCCUGACGGGAAGCGGCGCAAGUUCAUACUUGUUGACGACCCGCAAAGGGGUUGUCGUGUCCGUGUCAAGGUUACGCUGGACCAAGUUAACAUGAACGAAAUUCCGGACUCAUACCGGGAGUUCAACUCGGUGUAUCCGCGGACCUACUUCCCCGUGCAAAUGAAACAUCCACGUGGUCGAGUCGUUCCUGGAAGAAGAUAUUCCAAGGACGACCAUCAAACGGAUGACGACCAAGAGACUGCGACGGUCGGAAGGGUUCUAGUUCCAGCACCUCAGACAGAUGAUGGCAGCGAAAUCGCUGUUCCUAAGCUGACUAGAGGACGGCACAGGAAGGAGGUUCUGCUCAACGACUUGGGUUACAGAAUGAGUUGGAGCCAAAGUCGAGUCUUCGCCUCGCGGCCUUUGUUUCUUCAACGCUCUCUUGACGCGUACCGGAACAAGAUGCGCAGCACCAUGCUAGCUGCAGGCCAAGAUCCCUCCUCCAUCCCUCGCCAUUUCGAGACACGGGCCGGAAAGCGAAGGUUCCUCGAGCGCAGGCAGCGGCAGGGGAUGUCUGCAUCUCAACGGAGCGCAGAAGAGGUUGAACCCUGA